AUGAAUAGUUCAAGCGUUAACGAUCUUGAUAGAGUGCCAUUCAGCAAAAUCGGCUAGAGAAUUAUUGAAUCUCCACAAAUUACUCCUCGAUAUUCUAAACAAGACGAUUAUAUUUUACAUGGAUAAGUUGUUGGAAAUAAAGAUGAUCAACUUAAAUAGAUAUCAGAUUUUAGGAACAAUUUAUAGAACUAUGGCAAAGCUUAUAAAAAUGAAAACGGUUUACAAGUGCAAUCGGUAAACGAUUAUUAUAAAAAAAGAGAAGAAUAUUUAAAUCAAUCAAGUUUGCACGAUGUUUCAUAGUUGCGGUCAGAAUAUGUGAAAAGGGGAGGGUAGAAUCCUGAAUUUCUAUAGAAUCUUCAAAAUAUAGAGAAGUAUUUUGAUGGAAAAAAGAAUUACUCAAAGUACAUAAAUAACCCUAAUGCAUUAUAAAUACAAAGAAACUAGUCUCUACUUUCAAAUUCAUACUCACUUCCUAUGUUAAACCAAUCAAAUAUGAUUGAUUCUUUCUCAAACGAACUGUAAAAUUUUAGCAUUUUAACAAAUAAAAACUAACUUACACUACCUCCAUAGUUAAGAGCAAGCUUAAGAAACCCAAAUCUAGUUGCUGGAAAUAAAUCUGAUUAAGAAUAAGCAUAUGACUACCUUAAUGUAUAAGAAAGUGAGUGUCUACUGGAUAUGUCUAGAAUGCAUCCUAAUUCUUAUAUGUAUUAAAAUAAAAAAGAGUAAUACCAAAAAAUUAGAUAGUUAAAAAACGAAAUAGAGAAAUCGAUGAUCUUUAGCAAAGUCAAUCAAAAUAUGGGAAGCAUGCCAAAUUUUUCCCAAUCAGCUGUUAUGCCUUCAUCACUUCCCUCUAAGCUAAUCGAUUAUUCUGCAUAAAAAGACUACUUUCCUUAAAGAAAUGGUGUAUACUUUCCUGAUGAAGGGUUCAUAAUCAGAUUCGAUUAUGCAGCCCUCUUACCUCCCUCCUUUGAUCAAGUCUUUGUUAACUUUGGUAUCUUUAAAAAAGGAUAAAGUCUUGAUCCCUUUUUAAAAACAGCUAUUUAUAACUCAGAACCUGAUACACUAUUAUCUCAAAAGUGCAUUUUUACAGAAAAAAGGAACAUUCAUGAGGUUAAACCUCAUUAAGACACUAUUCUUUAUUUUGAAUUAUUUGCUAAUGAAAGGGAUCCACUCAAAAGAACUUUAACUAAAAGAGCAUGGACUAUGCAUGAAGUUUUUGAUUCAUAAAAUAUUCUUAACUGCGGAAGAUUUAAAUUACCUUUUUACAGUAAGAAUUUAAAUCCAUAAUUGUUAAUAUAAACUGGGUUACAGUAAAUGGCUGAUAGCAAUUUAUUUAUUAGGAUAUGCUUUCCUAAUGAUCCUUACUUAGAUAAUAACACCUAUGUUUUUAUAGAAAAUGAAUAUAAAACUCCUUUUUUCCAUAUGAGAAACUAUUCAUAAGCUUCUCCUUAAAAAAUUAAUUCUGUUUUUGCUCCUUAAGUGUAAAUUAUUAGAGAUGAUUAUUAGUAAAUAAAACAUGCAUAGGAAUAAGCAGAGUAGCUCCGUUUACUAUAGCUGCAACAACAAUUCGAUUCUUCAUAUGUUCCUAAUGAAUAGCUUUUUGAAAGACCAAAUCAAAACAAUCAUGAUUCAUACGAAAAUUAAUAGCAAUACGAUCAAGCAAACCCUCAGUAAAGGUAAUCAUAGUAAAUACCUUAAAACUAAUAAUUACCAUAAAACUAAUAAUUACCACAAAACUAGUAAUAAGCUUAAGAGCAAUAAAUUGCACCAAAUAAAAAUUAAUUAAGCGUAAACACAAAUUUAAAAAAAGAUAGCAAUUUAGAACCAUCAUAGAAAAAACCACAAUAAACUGAUUCGUAGCGUAGCGUUUAAAUAAAUUAAAAUAAUCAAAAGCCACAAUAGACUGAAUAAAGUGAUCCAAUUGUUGAGGAGCAGCCAUAAAAUAGGUAAACUUCUCAAAGCUUUUAUAACUAGCCUUUCAUAUAAUAAAAUGAUAUUGAUUCUUCAAGUGUAAUGAAUUCAUCAAAUCCUUAUCAAAACCCUUAAUAAAACGAUAAUAAUCUGACGGAUGGAGUAGUAAUUAAGUUAGUUAGUUUAGAUGGAUUUAAAAUAGAUGAAUUAAAAGGAUAAAUAAACAUCAAAAUAUUUGAUGGUGAAAAUCCAAUGUUAGACUUUGGUAAACAAGAGUGUAACGAAUUUUACAACGUAACAUAUGUUUCUGGUUUUAACCAAUUAGAUUUAGAGAGGGUAUUUCAAAUAAAGAUUAAGGAUAUGUUGAAAAGUUAUAAGAAAAUCUAAUUAGAUAAGAUCUAUUUAUAUAUAAGCAUUUUAUCUGGAAAUCAAUCACUUGGAUGGCUAGCAACACCUCUUUUCAAGACCUCUUAUAAGUCAUCUUCUUUAAAUAAUGGAAAAUUCAAAGAAAAUUUAAAUAAGCCUCCUGCUAAAAAACCUCCUUUUUUACGUAUUAACCCUAAAUCAGAUAUGAUCAUUGAAUACAUAAUUCAUGAUCCAGAUUUAUUAGAGAACGAAGUAAAUGAAUUCGAUACAAUAGAGAAAUAAUAAUAAUCAUAAUAAUAAAAUUAAUUACCUGUAGCUGCAAAUUCAAAUUCACCUUCCAACAAAAAUGAUAUGACUACUGGUUUAAGGAUAGCAUAAGUUGAAAAAAAAGAUAAAGUAGAUGGUCCAAGAAAUGUACUUCUAAUAGAAAUGGAUUCUAUUUAAAAUUAUACUAAUGAUCUAAGUAUUUCUUAUGAUUUAGUCAUACUUAAACCUUAGGAAAUAGUAAAUGAUGAAUUCGGUAACCCAGCAGUCUAUCACUUUGAUGAAUUAAUUCCAUGUACAGAAAACACAGAUUUGGUUGAAUUCAACACUACAAUUAAAGUACCUCUUGAUGUAGAACUUGCUAUGAAAAAUAAGUAGUCUAAUUGGGAGCAAUAUCAUAUUAUUAUAAAAUUUGUUGAAGUUGAUGAUAACGAUAUUGAGGUAACGUUAGGAUGGUAUGCUCACCCAAUUUUUAAGAAUAAGAAAGUCAAUUAAGGGAGUUUUUCAGUUAAUAUUUAUGAUACACCAUUAUAAGUAAACGUGCCAUUAAACAACUCUUUAAUUAAAAAAAGAUUAGAAAAACUCAAUUAUAAAAUUUCUUAUAAAAAAAUUCCUGCUUAAGAAUACAACCUUCUUUAAGUUAAUGAACAUUAAGAUCAAACUCUUGGAGCCUCUUCAAAGCAAGCCACUCAAUAAAAAUGCAUCUUUACUGUAGUUAUACAUCACCUAAAAAAUUUGGAAAAAGAUGUUGAUUUAUAAGUUAAUAUUGCUCUUUUCUUUAAGGAUGAUUUUAUGCAAGAUGACUUAAAGAAUAAUUGCACUUUCUAGGGUGAUAUAAAAAAAUGUACCAAAAAGUUAAUACAAUUCUUAGAAGAAUAUAACUUCGAAUUAGAUAUAAGAAAAAUGGCAGAAACAUAUAGAAACUAAUUGGAAAAUAUAAAUCUUGUUUUUUACUUGCUAGACAAAGGUAAAAAUCCUAAGUACUGGUUUUACUGUAGAUUGUUUGAUAAUCAAGGUAAUCCAAGGUUAGGAACAUUCGAAGAGAAUGUAUUUAAUAUUCCUGUACAGAGAAUGACAUAAGUAGAUCCUAAGAAGCUUAAAUAAAGUAAAGCAACCAUAAAGUAUAGUUUUAUGGAAGGUACUUAGGACGAAGAACUAGAAAGUCAGUAUUCUCCAGAUUGA